UUUAACAUUCGAAUGUCGUUUUCCAGCCAUUCUGACAGCCCUAGAAGACAGACACGGUCUCAUGCAAACGAUCAGAUAUCAUGGAAACCAGCUGGUAUCUGAACAAGUCUGGAGAGCAAAACCACCUCAAAAUCUGGUCUGGUCAGAUGGUUUUCAGAGUCAGAGUCAGCUCAGCAUCAGGAUGAAUGAGGGUUGCUGAGCUGCCAUAUUUGACAGUGCAGCACUGGCAUCACGUGACAGCUUGCUUAAACCCCGCACUGCAUCCCACUGAACGCCUGUAUUAGUCAUGUAUCAGAUGCUUUCUAACAGCGUGGCUCAUCGUGGACUUAUUACAGUCCUGCUGGAGUAACCUGAGGUUUACAGUCUUGAUUAACAACCGUUAAAUGAGACUCGAACCUGCUACCUCUCAAUGACCAGACCACACUAAUAACCAAUAAACCAACGGAAUCAAGACCACUCCCAAACAGACAGCCCUUGCUUUAGAUUAUCGACGAAAAUAACAUUCAGAGCUCCGUUUAAACAUCGUUUUAAAUAGAAAGAGUGGAUCGCAUCGAGCACGUGGAGCCCUGAGCGCGAGCCAUGACGCAGGAGUUUACCUCAGAGAGUUUCCCGCGUUAUUUCACCCCAAAACCGACGCGUUAUUUCACGCGAUCUGUCUAAAUCAUCUGCUCGGUUAUCACACACUUCGUUUAGAACGACGUUAGUUUGAGAUUUGCGGAAAGCGUGGGUAUUUUUCUGGAAACAGACAAGGCCUCGCGCAUUGCGCGACGCACGUCUAGUCAAAAUACCUAUCUGCAUCUGUUUAAUCAUUAUAAAAUGACAAUAACACACUGCUUACCUCUCGCUGAUGCGAACAGCGCAGUAUAACGCGUUAAUAAGCGUAGAAAGUCUUCUUUCUGUGCGAACAGACGAACAGCGCGUGUCGCUCCGGUGCGCACCGGUAGCAAAGAUGGCGCCAGUGACGCAAAAGGGACGCGACGCGACCGCUGACGUACUCAGAGCGCGCCGAUGCGAACAGAAUCCGAGUGUUUAUGAUUAUGUUUGAUCAUUUUUAAGGAAAUGUCGCUACAUUAAGGUUAGUUUUGGAAACGGAAGAAGGAAGGCACUGUUGUGCGAUUGUUUUUCUGGGACGUAACCAUGGCGACCGCCACUAAAACCCCCCCAGGUGCAGAUCCCAAGCAGCUGGAGCGCACGGGUACCGUCCGAGAGAUCGGAUCUCAAGCCGUGUGGUCUCUGUCCUCGUGCAAGCCAGGGUUUGGAGUCGACCAGUUGAGAGAUGAUAAUCUGGAGACGUACUGGCAGUCUGAUGGCUCUCAGCCACAUCUAGUGAACAUUCAGUUCAGGAGAAAAACCACUGUGAAAAUGCUGUGUAUUUAUGCCGAUUAUAAAUCGGAUGAGAGCUACACUCCCAGCAAGAUCUCGGUCAGAGUGGGAAACAACUUCCACAACUUGCAGGAGAUUCGGCAGUUGGAGAUGGUGGAGCCGAGCGGUUGGAUUCACAUCCCUCUGUUGGAUCUGGUGAACAAUCCCAUCAGGACCUUCAUGAUCCAGAUCGCCGUGUUGGCCAACCACCAGAACGGACGGGACACGCACAUGCGGCAGAUCAAAGUCUACACGCCCGUGGAGGAGAGCUCCAUCGGCAAAUUCCCACGAUGCACCACUGUAGACUUCAUGAUGUACCGCACCAUCAGAUGACCCGAGCCUCUGCUCGAAUGGACGGACUGAGGUGCAGACUCUGCCUUCUCAUAAGACUCUGUUCUAGAAUUAAAUGGUUUCAGAUGGUUUAAAAUGUGUUUUGGAAAUUGAACAGUUCAAAGUUAAUUUUAUGUAAAUGCAAAUCU